UUUUUUUUUCCUUUUUUCCUUUUAUCUUUUUUGUUUCAGUUUAUUACUUAUUUUACCUUUCUUUACGAACAACAUUUCUCUUUCUCUCUCUCUCCCACUCUCUAUCAGCAUUUAUGGAAUCCAACCACGAAGUAUUCACUUGCUAUUGGAAUCAAUGUUUUCAACAAUACAACGAUCCUGAGAAACUAUAUCUUCACUUGACUAAUGAUCAUGUGGGUAGAAAGUCAACUGGAAAUCUUUGCUUGACUUGCCAAUGGCAAAACUGCGACGUUACUGUGGUGAAACGUGACCAUAUUACUAGCCAUCUUCGAGUUCAUGUACCUUUGAAACCUCAUCAUUGUCAUUAUUGUGAAAAAUCCUUUAAACGACCUCAAGAUUUGAAAAAACAUGAAAAAAUUCAUAGUGAAGAUACACUAAUGGCAACAACUCCCUCUUCUAAUACCGUCCAGCAUCCAAUGACUCCUCCAAGACCGCUACAAUCCGAUGAUUCUUUAUUGACAAAUAAUAAUUCACCUUCAUAUCGAGCUACUCCACAACAAGUACCGAUAUCACCACCCCAAAGCAUGUACUCUGAUGAUUUUACUCGUGAUAGCUGGGCUGGUCGUUCUAAUAUAUCACCUUAUACUGAUACUGAAGAUCAAUUUACACCUUAUUCUCAACAAGAAGUAAAACAAAUGAAUGGUUAUGGUUUCGAUCAAAUGGAUCCCUUUAACACUCCUGAACAAAUCAUUACUGAAUUACUGGAUACCAAUAUCAAACCAGAAUAUAACACAGACGUUGCUGAUCGAUUGACUUUAUUACAAAAUAUGAUGGACUCUGGAAUUGGAUUUGGUGAUUUUGAUAUGGGUAUUACCAAUGAUGAUCAGCUAUCUGAUAUUAACAAAUGGCUUGCUGAUUUAUCCAACAAUAUUCAACCUAACGACUAUUCGACACAACAACAUUAUCAACAACAACAACAACAACAGGAACAAACUUAUCCAAACAACAAUAAUAGCAAUAAUUAUACCGAUAUCAUGCUACAAUCAUUCAAUUUGAACUCUUCUGAUCCUUCCAUACUCUAUCCGACAUCUGAAUCUAACAUGUAUGUACGAUCACAUCCAGUUCAUGCUCCAUCUCCACCCAGCGCAAUACCUCCAAUGGAAUAUGAUACAAUUUCUCCUUCUCAUUUGUAUGGAAACAUACAAACAAAUCUUUAUGAACAACAACAACAACAACAACAAGAAUAUAUACCUCAACAACAAGUGUAUCAACCAUCAUCUACCAUGUCAGGAUUACGACACUUUUAUCAACCAACACCAGACAUUGCAACUCGUUACUUUGUACCUGAAAUUCAAUCUACUAUGGCCUUCCAAAGCGCAAAUCGAUCACGCAAAGCAAAUAGCAAUCCUACAAGUGGUCAAACGGACAAGGAACAGCAAGAAUCUUUUGUUCCAUGCAAGGCCAAGAACAGUGCUCAUGAAGAUAAGAAAAAUUUGACAACCCUUGUCAAUGUGUUCGCUAGCUCAUCUGACAACAUUACCAAAAUAUCAAUGACUUCCAAUGACGACAGUAAGACUCAACAAACAAAGGAUGAUGAUAACAAAAACAACAAAAUAAGUGACGACAAGAUAAUUACUGGGAAGAAGGAGUCUAGUCCGGCUAUCAACAAGGAUGUUUUGGAUUUAUUGGUUAGCGACAUGUCAGAACUUACUAGCUAUCCCCUUUAUCCUGACGAUACCAGCUCUACAACGACUUCCUUAGAGCAACAUCAACAACUUGUACUACGCAUUAGCAAAUGGGUGAAUGAUAGCUAUAAGAAAAAGAAGAUGGAAAUGCACUCACGACAAGAACAACGACCCUCUACGCUUCAAGUGAAUUAACUUCAGUCGUAGUAAUAGCAGUAUUGUAUUUAUUUAUUUAUUUUAUUCAUUUUUUUAUCCUUUUCAUCAAUAAAGAUAUCUUUUUUUUUUUUU